AUGAAAGUGUUAACAAUAACACUAUGGGUUCUCUUGUUUUUUAUUUUGACAAAUACCAAGUUUGUUGUUUGUGUAGGGAUUUGCAGAGAAAAUGAGCAACGAGCGUUGGAGAUCUUGAAGAAAGAAGUAUAUGAUCCCUCGAAUAUUCUCUCUUCUUGGGUUGUCGGAAAAGAUUGUUGUGAAUGGGAAGGGGUGGUGUGCAACAAUCUCACUCGUCAUGUGAUUGAGCUAAGCAUUUAUGUUGAUAUGUUUGAUUCGAGAUAUCUAAGGAUCAAUAACCUAGAGUGGUUAACAAGUCUUUCGAGUCUUGAGAACCUGGAGAUAGAAAGUGUUGAUCUUAGCAAAGCUAAUGAAUGGCUACAGGUUAUUAACAUGCUUCCUUCUCUUGUUUAUCUUCAUUUAUACAAUUGUAGUCUUCAUCAUAUAACACCUCUACUUGAUCAUAAAAAAAUUUCUUCACUCAAAUCUCUCGAUCUUUCUGGGAAUUACAACUUAAAUUCUUCUGUUCCGAAAUGGGUUUUCAACCUCCCCAAUCUUGUUUCUCUUGACCUGAGUGGCUGUAAUUUUACUGGCCCGUUUCCUGAUGGUCCAGUUAACUUGACUUCUUUCACAACCUUCGAGGCUUCUGGAAAUCGUUUCAACUGUCGUUUACCUAAAUGGUUGUUUGAUUUGAAUAAUCUUGAACAUGUUGUGCUCUAUGGUAGUGGCAUUGAAGGUGCGAUACAGAGUAAGAGCGGAAACAUAACAAAACUUAAAUAUCUUGAUCUUUCUUUCAAUAACCUCAACUCCACUAUACCAAAUUGGCUCUAUGGAUGCAAAGAUCUAGAAUCACUUUUCCUUGGUGGAAAUCAUCUUGAGGGAACAGUUUCAAGUCUGAUUUCAAAUUUGAGCUCAAUAACUAUUAUUGACCUUUCUGGUAAUAUGCUUUCUGGAAAGUUACCGAAUGUAAUUGGAAAGUUAGGGAAAUUAGAACAACUUGAUCUCACAGGAAAUCAAUUUGAGGGAGAUAUAUCUGAAUUAUUCAAUGUUAAGAGUAAUUUCCUUUCAGUGGGAUUGGGAAAUACUUCUUUAACAUUUUUGAGACUAGAUGAUAAUAAACUCACAGGAGCUCUUCCGGAAAGUGUUGGCCAACUUUCAAUGCUAGAAGUCUUUUCCAUCUCUAACAAUAGGUUGGAAGGUGUUGUAACAGAAAGUCAUUUCUCUAAAUUAACACAUUUACAAACCUUCUAUGCAUCUAGAAAUAAUCUGACUUUAAAAGUGAGUCGGAAUUGGAUUCCACCUUUUCAAGUCAUAGAUAUUGAAAUAGGCGGCUGGAAUAUAGGCCCGUUGUUUCCAAUGUGGCUCCGAACUCAAAAGCAGAUAGCAAAUGUUGACAUAUCAGAUGGUGGAAUACAAGGUGAGGUUCCAACUUGGUUUUGGAAAUUGUCUUCUCAAAUUGAAUUUCUCAAUAUUUCUCACAACCAAUUUGUUGGUGAGGUUCCAAUCAUCUCGACACCUUCGUGGACGGAUGGACAUGGAGGUCCUUGGACAAUGUGCUUUGGUUCCAACAAUUUUAGUGGACCAUUGCCCUUGAUUUCAACCAUUGUAACUGAGCUAGAUCUCUCAAACAAUUCUUUUUCCAAAGGUUUAUCGAAUUUUUUGUGUGAAGCAAAGAAUGGAUCUUACAAAUUGGAGAUCUUAAAUCUCGGGGGAAAUGAUUUAUCAGAAGAAAUUCCUGAUUGUUGGAUGAAUUGGCCAGAGUUGAAAGUUUUAAUCUUGAGGGACAAUAAUUUGAUUGGAAGCUUACCAAGAUCUAUCGAGGUUUUGAGUAAUUUGUUAUGCUUAGACUUCCGAAGAAAUAGACUUAACGGUCCGUUUCCUUCAUCCUUGGAAAACUGCUCAAAACUGCAUAAAAUAGAUUUAGCUGAGAAUGAGUUUUUUGGAAAAUUACCAUCUUGGUUGGGAAUGAGGUUUACAACCUUGAUAGUUCUUAUCCUUCGGUCCAAUAAAUUCGAUGGUGAAUUGCCUAAAGAACUAUGUCACCUCAAAGAUCUUCAGAUCUUAGACCUUGCAAACAAUACAUUUGUUGGAAUCAUACCAAGGUGUAUUGGCAAUUUCAGUGCAAUGAUCAAAGGAAAAAAGAAAGUACUGGAAGAUGAUUUUGAGUUAAAUUAUUCCUUUUAUUAUGGAACUUUGAUAGAGAGUGCAAUGGUGACAACUAAAGGCAAUAUGUACCAGUAUGACACAAUUUUGGCGUUGUUUACAAGUAUGGAUAUGUCUAGCAAUAAUCUUUCUGGAGAUAUUCCUAUAAGUCUAACACGUCUUGCAGGAUUAAGAUCAUUUAAUCUUUCCAAAAAUAACCUAACUGGAAGGAUUCCAAAUGACAUUGGUGACAUGAAAGUCUUGGAAUCUGUUGAUCUUUCAGAAAACCAACUUUACGGUCAAAUCCCACAAAGUUUUUCGAGUUUGUCUACUUUGAGCUACUUGAAUCUAUCUGAUAACAAUUUGUCAGGUAUGAUACCAUUGAGUACUCAACUUCAAAGCUUUGAUCCCACGAGUUUUCAAGGAAACAAGCUCUGUGGGCUCCCGCUCUUGGUGAACUGCAGUUCAGAUGGCAAUAUUCCAAAUCACAAGUAUGAAGAUGAUGAGAGUGACAAAGAUGAAGUGGAUUGGUUUUACAUUUCAAUGGCUAUUGGAUUCGCACUAAGCUUUUGGGGUGUUUGUGGUUCAUUGCUUUUCAAGAGAUCAUGGAGACAUGCUUAUUUUCGUUUUCUAGACCGUAGCUGGGAAAUGUUGCUUGCAAAGUUACCAGUAUGUUGA